CGCCCCUCUCCGCGGGAGGCGUCGGGGCCCGCGGCUGGGUGGCGGGCAGUUCCCGCCGGCUCUGCGCGCCCGCCUCUGGGCUCGCUCUGAGAGGACGCGGCGGCGGCGGACGCGGAGCCCUCGGCGCGCAGGCGGGCGGGCCGGCCGAGCUGCGCGGGGCUGCGCGCCGACCCUGCUCCGCCGCCAGGCCCCGCGCGGCUCCCGCGCCCGGCGCUCCCCUUUGUCCGCGGGCCGGAGCGGCGGCGGCGGCGGCGUAGUCCGAGUGGCGGUUGGAGCCAGUGGCUGCGGCUGAGGCAGCGGCGCCCCGGCGGCCGUGCGCCCGCGCGCCGAGGCGAUGCCGGACCAGAUCUCCGUGUCGGAAUUCGUGGCCGAGACCCAUGAGGACUACAAGGCGCCCACGGCCUCCAGCUUCACCACCCGCACGGCGCAGUGCCGGAACACCGUGGCGGCCAUCGAGGAGGCUUUGGACGUGGACCGGAUGGUUCUUUACAAAAUGAAGAAAUCCGUGAAAGCAAUCAACAUCUCUGGGAUGACUCACGUGGAAAAUGAAGAGCAGUACACCCAGGCUCUGGAGAAGUUCGGCGGCAACUGUGUAUGCAGAGAUGACCCAGAUUUAGGAAGUGCGUUCCUGAAGUUCUCAGUGUUUACAAAGGAGUUGACAGCGCUUUUCAAAAACCUGAUUCAGAAUAUGAACAACAUAAUCUCCUUCCCUUUGGACAGUUUGCUGAAGGGGGACCUGAAAGGAGUGAAAGGGGAUCUGAAAAAGCCUUUUGAUAAAGCUUGGAAGGACUAUGAAACAAAAAUAACCAAGAUAGAAAAAGAGAAAAAGGAACAUGCCAAGCUUCAUGGGAUGAUUCGGACUGAAAUAAGCGGGGCGGAAAUUGCUGAAGAGAUGGAAAAGGAGAGGCGCUUCUUCCAGCUACAGAUGUGUGAGUAUCUGCUGAAGGUCAAUGAAAUCAAGAUUAAAAAGGGAGUGGAUUUACUUCAGAAUCUGAUCAAAUAUUUUCAUGCCCAAUGCAAUUUUUUUCAAGAUGGACUCAAAGCCGUGGAAAGCCUCAAGCCCUCCAUUGAAACGCUUUCUACAGAUCUUCACACGAUCAAACAGGCCCAGGAUGAAGAAAGAAGGCAGUUGAUACAGCUUCGAGAUAUUUUGAAAUCCGCAUUGCAGGUUGAACAGAAAGAGGACUCCCAAAUUCGGCAGAGCACAGCUUAUAGCUUACAUCAGCCUCAGGGAAACAAGGAACAUGGGACUGAGCGGAACGGCAGCCUCUACAAGAAGAGCGACGGGAUCCGAAAAGUGUGGCAGAAAAGGAAAUGUUCAGUUAAAAAUGGUUUUCUGACCAUAUCCCAUGGUACCGCUAACCGGCCUCCCGCAAAGCUCAACCUGCUAACCUGCCAGGUGAAGACCAACCCUGAGGAGAAGAAGUGCUUUGAUCUUAUUUCACAUGACAGAACUUACCACUUUCAAGCUGAAGACGAACAGGAAUGUCAAAUUUGGAUGUCUGUGCUACAGAAUAGCAAAGAAGAAGCUUUAAACAAUGCAUUUAAGGGGGAUGACAACACUGGAGAAAAUAACAUCGUCCAGGAACUGACAAAGGAGAUCAUCUCAGAAGUGCAGAGGAUGACCGGCAAUGACGUUUGCUGUGACUGUGGGGCGCCAGAUCCUACGUGGCUUUCCACCAACCUGGGCAUCCUGACCUGCAUUGAGUGUUCCGGAAUCCACCGAGAGCUGGGGGUUCAUUAUUCCAGGAUGCAGUCCCUGACCUUAGAUGUACUGGGAACAUCUGAGCUGCUGCUCGCCAAGAAUAUUGGGAAUGCAGGCUUUAAUGAGAUCAUGGAAUGUUGCCUGCCAGCUGAGGACUCUGUCAAACCCAACCCAGGCAGCGACAUGAAUGCAAGAAAGGAUUACAUCACAGCCAAGUACAUCGAGAGGAGAUACGCAAGGAAGAAGCACGUGGAUAACUCGGCGAAGCUUCACAGCCUUUGUGAGGCCGUCAAAACGAGAGAUAUUUUUGGAUUGCUCCAAGCUUAUGCUGAUGGUGUGGACCUUACUGAAAAAAUCCCACUGGCCAAUGGACAUGAGCCGGAUGAAACAGCCCUCCACCUUGCAGUCAGAUCUGUGGAUCGAACCUCUCUUCACAUUGUAGACUUUUUAGUUCAGAACAGUGGGAACCUGGAUAAACAGACAGGGAAAGGCAGCACGGCCCUGCACUACUGCUGCCUGACUGACAACGCUGAGUGCCUCAAGCUGCUCCUACGGGGGAAGGCGUCCAUCGAGAUAGCCAAUGAGUCAGGAGAGACUCCGCUGGACAUUGCCAAGCGCCUCAAGCACGAGCACUGUGAGGAGCUGCUGACCCAAGCCUUAUCUGGAAGGUUUAAUUCUCACGUUCAUGUUGAAUAUGAAUGGCGACUACUCCAUGAAGACCUGGAUGAAAGUGAUGACGACAUGGAUGAGAAAUUGCAGCCUAGUCCCAACCGGCGGGAAGACCGGCCCAUCAGCUUCUACCAGCUGGGAGCCAACCAGCUUCAGUCUAACGCUGUGUCUUUGGCAAGAGAUGCUGCAAACUUGGCCAAGGACAAGCAGAGGGCUUUCAUGCCCAGCAUUUUGCAGAAUGAGACCUAUGGAGCCAUCCUGAGCGGCAGCCCGCCUCCCGCCCAGCCUGCAGCCCCCAGCACCACCAGCGCCCCCCCUCUUCCUCCACGGAAUGUUGGCAAAGAUCCCCUGACCCCCACGCCACCCCCUCCCGUUGCCAAGACGCCCAGCAUGAUGGAAGCCUUGAGCCAGCCAAACAAGCCUGCCCCGCCUGGGGUCUCACAGAGCAGGCCCCCACCUCUGCCCCCACAGCCGCCCAGCCGCCUCCCACAGAAGAAGCCUGGGCUGGGGGCUGACAAGUCCACCCCACUGACCAACAAAGGCCAACCAAGAGGACCUGUGGAUCUCUCUGUAGCAGAAGCUCUGGGUCCUCUGUCCAAUGCCGUGGUCCUGCAGCCCCCUGCACCCAUGCCUAGGAAGUCACAGGCAAGCAAGUUGAAGCCUAAGCGAGUAAAAGCGCUUUAUAACUGCGUGGCUGACAACCCUGAUGAGCUAACCUUCUCCGAGGGGGAUGUGAUCAUCGUGGAUGGGGAGGAAGACCAGGAAUGGUGGAUUGGCCACAUUGAUGGAGAUCCUGGUCGCAAAGGCGCGUUCCCAGUGUCAUUUGUGCACUUUAUCGCUGACUGAAUUGCUACUGAACAAAAGCAUUAACAGUUAUGUUCCUAUUUCGUUAUUGGUACCAAAACUCUUGCAGAUAACCAGUUUCAUGAACUGUUUGUAUGGUAGCCCAUGUUCUCUAAUGCCGCUGCUCUGUUUUAAAAACUCAGAGGCAAUUUUUACAUAUCAGUAAUUGUUUUUAUAAUUUAUCAUUUUCAUGAAACACUGCUAUGCAUUUAUUAGGAAAAACUGAAUUUCCCAACAGGUGAACUGAAAAGUUAUUUGAACUAUUAUACAUAAUUAAGAUCCUGCCUCUACAGAAUUAGCUAAACCUAAAAAUGUUUGCAUUGUGUGUAUUGGAAAUAAAUUCUUCCUGCAUUCCUUGGCCCGAUUCUGGAGUUGGUGACCUUUAGCACAGUUACUUUAGGAGUCAGCUGCUGCUUCAGAAGUCCAUAGCCCAGCCCUGGGCUUUCUCGAUAAAAUGCCAUCAGUUCACCUUUAAAGACACAUAUUCCUUUGAAAUCCACCCACUGUUUGUUUAAAAAGCAACUUGGAAAUUUACACAUUAGCAUUGUGCUUUCUAGCCCUGAUUUGUGAGAUUGCGGCUAUCAUUAUACUCUGCAUGUGUGUAUAACCUGUUGUGAACAGUCAUACUUAACAAAACUACUGACGGUUUAUGACAACGUAGGGUAACUACAGUUCAUUCCGUUCCAGGUUAUAUAAAACUGCAUUUCCUGAAUUUGGUUAAAAACUAAGGAUGAUGGAUUGCAAAACAGUUCUUUUAAAUUAGUUGAUAUGCUUUAGGUGUUUUGGAAUUUGCUUUCUUGAACUUCCUGAAUCACACAGAAAGCAACUGUGUACCCAACAGAAUUCUGUGGCACAGACCACAAUAAAUUAACACAUCACUUGCUGUUUCCUAUUGAGUGUACCACUGCCUUCCCUUCUUCUAGCCCAUGAGAAUGUUUACUCAGUUUAGUAUCCUGUAUUUAUAUAAUAUUCCAACAGGAAUGGUAGUCACACUGUCUUGAAAUUUAAUCUGUCCAUCUGUUUAUAAUCAAGAACAUAUCAGAAAUCUAUAGAUCCCAGAUAAUAAAAUACUCCCAAACAUCCCAGUUUUUACUAUUUAAGGCCAUCAUAUCAUUCUUAAGCUAAAUGGGGCAGUAGUGGGGGGAGGGGGAUUAGGUUGUAUACUAUAAAAUCAAAACUCAUUAGUUUAAUGAACUUGACUGUCAUACCUCUGUUUAGUAAUUGUGAAGGUAAGAUUCAGGGUAGGAAUAUUGGAAAUUUUGGCACUCUGAGAAUAAAUAGGCAUAUGAUACCCACUUGGACUCUGAACAAAAGGAAAGGAAUAAAUCUGAGUAUAGGCUUGGAGAGUGAGGCAGCAAUGCUGUUACUGCAUUCGUUUCGAUGGUACAUUUGAUUGAGGCAGCCUGUCUUUAUUAUGCAAGACUCUUUACGUGUAGAGGGUUUUUGUUUUGUUUUGGCACUGUACUUUUUGUUGUUGUUAUAAAGGAACACAGAACAAACUGGAAUGUUUUAUGAUGUUGUAUAGCAAUCGCUUUUUGCCUUUCAAAGUUCCAGGCAAAAAUGUGUUAGAUCUGUAAUUAAAGUCUUUUUUUUUUUUUUUAAGCACUACAUCUGUUUUCACUAAUUGUUCAUUUCUGUUGUUUGAACCCUUAAGUUUUUCAUAGAUUUAAGAAAGUAAACAGAUGUAUUUUGCACAGUGCACUUAUGUCUAUUUUAACAAUCCUCCUCCAUCUGUAUUUAUAGUCAGCCUUUUGACCGCCUGGUGCCGGCUAUAUAAAGAAUAAAGUUGAUUCACAUCAACAUUUGAACUCUAGUCCCAAAUUAAUCUAUCAGGUUCACUGGUACAUAAAUAUCUAGGAAAUAUUUUUCCAGUCUACAAUCUGGUGCUAUUGUGCAGUAACUAAUAGUACUCUUACCAGAGGAGAAAUUAUAUUAAUGACCCUGCUAAUAGCCUCUUAGUUAUUUGCUCUUUGCAAAUUAAAAAAAAAAAAAAAGCAACUGAGAGAAAGGAAAGCAUUGUAGAUAUCUAUUUAUAUUUAAAGUUUACGUUUCAUGAACUUCAGCAGCAGGAUUCUGGCAUUUUGCAUGCCAUGCUCCAUCAAAUCUAGGAAUGACGACUCAGAAGUAUGCGCCCAGACUAAUAGUUCCUGUGUGAUCUGUUAAGGGGUGGAUGCUGUUUUGAGAUGUAUGAUAAUCAGUUCAUUCACCUGAUUACUUUGGUCUGGCUGCAGCACAACUUGUAUAUAUUGUAUAACCAAAAUUAUUUUCAUUGUCCUUAAUGCAGUGAUUUAUAAUUAGAGCAUGUUUAAUAAGUUUACUCUUGUUAACUAGUCAUUUGACUAGAAAAAAAAUAAAAUCCUUUUAAAUGGA